AUGGCGGAAAUGAUGGAGAAGAAGACGGCAGUGGACAUACAGGAUGAGAGUCGGUUGGCACAGCUGGGAUACAAGCAGGAGCUGAAGCGUGACUGGACUCUGAUGCACAAUUUCGGUGUCUCAUUCUCGAUUAUCAGCGUUAUUACUGGUAUCACGACACUGUUUAGCUAUGGAUUGACAACUGGAGGACCUGCUGUGAUGGUAUUUGGAUGGAUUGUUGUCUCAGUUAUGACCUUGUCUGUCGGGCUGAGCAUGGCAGAGAUCGUUUCUGCUAUUCCGACGAGUGGAGGGCCGUACUUCUGGGCAGCCAUGCUGGCGCAACCAAAGCACGCCGCGUUCUUUUCCUGGUUAACGGGCUGGUUUAACUUUGUCGGACAGUUUGCAGUCACCACGGGCAUCAGCUUCGGCUGCGCAGGACUGAUCGCAACGGCGGCAGAAAUCAAGACCGGAUACACAGCCACUGCAGGCCAGACAGUAGGCAUCUACGCAGCAAUCCUCAUCAGCCACGGUAUGGUAAAUACCUUUGGCGUGCAUGUCCUGCGCUACCUCAACACCACCUCCAUCAUCCUGCAUAGUCUCGGCGUGGGUAGUUUGGCCAUCGCGGUAGUUGCAAAGGCUCCGAAACACCAAACAGCGGCCGAAGUCUUUGAACAUUUCUAUGAUGGCACCGGGGACCCUGGAUGGUCUGUUAGAGCCUCACCUGCGUAUGUUGCCAUCUGUGGGAUUCUCUUGAGUCAAUAUACUAUCACUGGUUUCGAUGCUUCUGCCCAUCUAUCCGAAGAAACCCACCGAGCGGACUGGAGCGCCCCGAUUGGUGUGAUUAUGUCCAUUGGCGUGUCGGCGGUCUUCGGCCUCUUCCUAAUGCUCUGUCUGCUCUUCUCCAUCCAGGACUUUGCCGCGACGGUUGAUUCCUCAACCAACUACGGCGAACCCGUGUUCAAAAUCCUCGUCGACGUGUUUGGCGAAGAUGGCGCUCUGGUACUCAUCGCUCUCAUCAUCAUCUGCGUCUGGCACUGCGGUCUGUUUAGUAUGACGAGCAACAGCCGCAUGAUGUUCGCAUUCUCGCGCGAUGGCGCCUUACCCCGUUUCUUCGACCACGUCGAUAAGCGUUUCAAGAGCCCCGUGCGUACCGUCUGGCUCGCGGCCUUCUUGGCCUUUUGUCUCUCGCUGCCAUCACUGGGCAGCUCUGUUGCAUUCUCCGCGGCUACCAGCAUUGCCACAAUCGGCUUGUACAUCAGCUAUGCGCUGCCUAUCGCCAUCUCAGUGAUCUGGCCGAGCAAGACCGUUGUCAAGGGCCCGUUUGAUCUCCGCAGAUUCUCGAGACCUGUUGGCAUUGUUUCCUGUUUAUGGGUCGCCUUCAUCACCAUUGUGUUCUGCCUCCCCACAGAAAACCCCGUCACCGAGGAGACCAUCAACUAUACACCUGUGGCCGUCGGCAUUGUGCUAGUAGGGACGUUAGCAUCGUGGUUUCUGUGGGCGCACCGCUGGUUCACAGGACCUCUGCGUCAAAUCGAUUUCGAGACUGGAGUGGCGGUUGAGCAGGAACAGCAGGAGAAGUCGGAGCAAAUCGUCGACAGCAAGAGCGGUUAG